AUAAGCAGGUCUAUCAGAGAUGAUGGUUAACAGUUUUAAAAAAUCACUUGCUCUUAAAGCAGCCAUCGCUCUACUAACUGGACUGAACUCCCAUUUUCAUGAUCGCCUUUAACUACAGAGGACAAGGAAGUAUCUGAAACUCAUCUACGGCUAACUAAGAACAAUACAACCAUGAGAGACAGACUGGGACACCUGCAUCAGGUACAGACUGACACUGAGGGUUUCAGUACAGUGCAGCUAGAUAACCUAUCAGAUCAUGAAGCAACAGCUGGAGAUAAUGAGCUGGAUGAUGUCCUGAAGGAGGCCCAGCUGAUACGUCUGGAAAUCCAGCAGAUCCAAAAUGACAUCAGAGAUCUGAAGGACGUAAACUAUCAGGCUUUGAAUAAGACUUCAGACUCCAUUGUGAUAAAACGGGACUCCAACGCAAUCGGGGCAGAUAUUAAACGCAGAGGUGAAGCUGUGUUGCAGAGGCUGCAUAUGCUAAAUAACCUCAGAGGUGAACUGGAGGUCCAGCGCGGCAGUUUGGACCCCACAGUGCGCAUUGCUCGAACACAGUACCACUGCCUGAGCAACGCUCUGCGGGAGGUGAUGUUCAGCUACAAUGACACAGAGAUGAACCACAGGGAAGCCUGUAAAAAGCAGAUCCAGAGACAGAUGGAGAUAGUGGGUAAGGAGGUUAGCAUGGAGGAGCUGGAGGAGAUGAUGGAGGGUGAAGAAUUGACUGUGUUCAGCAUCCAGAUACAAGGGAAAUCUACCCGGUCUGCACUAAUGCAGAUAGAGAGCCGGCACCGUGAGUUGCAGGAGCUGGAGAAGAGAAUCGCGGGGAUCCAGGAACUGUUCCUAGAUGUGGCUGUCCUCAUGGAGGAGCAGGGAACAGGAGUGGAAAACAUCCAGAAAAAUGUUCAAAAUGUUGGUGUGAUCAUUCUGGAAAGCAGGGUCUAUUUGGAUAAUGCCAUUAAAUCUGAUAAAAACAACCCCUUCAAGAAGCUGUUUUGCGCCUGCUUUCCAUGUUAUCACAAUUAGGUCUUAUGAAGCUUUUAUUGAUUCUGAAAUAUGGUGAAACUUUUAAUGAAUCGCACUGGCUUCCAGGAUACACCCACAGAUGGGAGCACAGUAGAUGGCGCCACUAAUAGAAAGGUUUGAACACUGAUGGUGAUGAAGCCAAGUUGCGCUGGUCAUCAUAAAACAAGACCCACCAAUUGGCCGACUCUCCGUUUCUCUGGGAAGAGCUCCACUUCCUGCAAGCCUGAAUUGUAUAGGUGCUUAAAAAUAGAUCUAUAGUAAAAUAUUUAUUUAAGGCAUUUAUCUGUAAAAGCAAAGUGCAAUUGCUAAUGUAAAGACUCAUAGAACUGUUAAUAUUUAACCUUAAAUACUUAAGUUAGGUGAUUUUAGAUUGUUAUUUUAGGUAUAUUUAGACUUUAUGUGAUUUUAUGUGAAAUUGUAAUGCGGCCUUUAUUGAUGGAAGUAUAAAAGUUUAGCCAUUAACAGGCUGGUAUGCCUGUAACCAUUAAUGAUUUCUGUUCAAAUGUUGAUAAAGCCUUUGCUCAUGUAACUGUAUGAUACCAGCCAAAGGACAGUGUCAGCAGUCUGGAUAUCAGCCUAUACUAAGUCUGUGUGACUUGUCCCCCUUAAGUAAAAUAAUAAUUUUAAAAAAAACCCUUGUGUAACUAUCGCUUCUUCAUUUCAGCUUGAUCUUUAUCAUCUGUAAUUUGACAUUGCGAGAACUUCAGCUUUUUAAAUACUCUGAUACAUUUUCACUUUUUCAACACAGGACUGUUGCAGCUGACUAAAUGGAGCAAAUGGCCAUAGCACUUUUUCUGUUCCUACAUAUAAAGCAAUUAUGAAGGCUUUUCCUUGCCCAACUACCAAAGAAAAUUGCUUAUUACAGGUUACAAGACUCCCAGUGUUGUAACGCCCCCCUCCCCCCUCCCCCUUUCUCUCAGAAAUGUAAAUUUUAAUACUCGUUGUAUAUUUUUAGACCUGAUCAUUAAAACCACAUGUAAAAAUAUUGGGGUUGCACUUUCCACUUGUGUCAAACACUUGUUCCUGAACACUAAAUGUGUUUUAUGUCGAGGCUUUCCUUCCGUUUUCAAGGUUAGUGUUGAACUUCUAAUCGCGUUUUUAUGUUAGUAUAAUAAGAUGAAUUUCUUUUUU